AUGAACGUAGUAGAAGAAGUUAACGAAAACAUUCAGAGCCCUCAUCUAAGUGUAACUGAAGUGGAAGGCAUGUUUAAAGGAUUGAUUAGCAUUUUAGAUGAUAAGCGAGAUGGCUUUGAGGAGUUUUGGAAGUCGUGCUUAAAAAACAAAUUUUCACAAGUAGAAGAGCCUGUGAUUCCAAGGAAACGGCGCGUUCCAAAUAGAUAUGAAAACGACGGAGCCAGCUCACCACAUAACUUCAACACCCCAAAGGACUACUUCAAAGCUCUCUACAUCGAGGUGUGUGAAACGGUGCGAUCUUGCAUCAAAGAACGCUUUGAGUCCACGGGCUUGUCGCGGCUCGUUGCGGUCGAAAAAGAGUUUUUGAGUGUGUUAGUGGCGAACGAAGAAGGUUCAAGUUUCGAACAGUCGAAAGAUUUUUUUAAAAAUGACCUGGAUGUUGAAAGGUUGCAAAUACAUCUAAACAUGUUAGCCGAUAUUAAUAGGCAAAAUAAUUUAAAAAUGAAAUCAAUGCGUGAUGUAAGGAAAUAUCUUUCACAAGAGCCAGCCAUUAAAAAAAUGCUGUCAGAAGUGGUUAAAGUGAUCAAGCUUCUUCAAGUAGUGCCAAUUUCGUCGGCAACGGCAGAACGCUCUUUUAGUGCACUCCGUCGACUGAAGACGUAUCUGAGAUCAACAAUGGGACAGAAACGGCUGAACAAUUUAGCAGUCCUUCACGCCCACCGUGAUGUCCUGGACGAAGUUCACUUGAGCACGGUGAUGAACGAGUUUAUAAGCAGCAAUGAACUCAGAAGGCAUACUUUUUCAAUGGUAUAA